GCACUUUACAAAUAUGGCAACAAAAUUUUUGUUUACAAUUUGAAUUGAAUGGCGUCGCGCAGGAUGGAAGUGUUACGAUUAUAUAAAAAUUUAUUAAGAGAAGCCGGAAAAUUUUCUAGUUAUAUGUAUAGAACUUACUCUUUACGUCGAAUCAAAGAUGCUUUCAAGGAUUACAAAGAUGUCACAGAUCAAGAGAAAUUAGCUGAUUUAAUUACAUAUGGCAAGAGUAAUCUAGAAAUAAUUAAAAGACAGGUCAUAAUUAGUCAACUUUUCAAGGAUCCUGAAAAUGUAAUUGAAAAACAUUUGAAGGACAAGAAAACACAAACCUGAUCGAUUUUUGAAGACCUUUUCUCAAAAUAUUAAUGUAUAUGAGUUAGUUUGUUGCAAAGAUAUGCAUAAUUUGUUUCACUCUUUCAAAAACUCUUAUUAAAUUUAAUAUUUUUAAAGUAGAGUCAUCUACUGCGCCAUGUCUUCCGCUUGCUGAUCAUUGUAUAUAUGUGUGUAUAUAUUUUAUUUUAAUUUAAUCGUGUAUGAUGUAUUUUCAUUUGAAAAUUCAUUAAAUGAUUAUAUUUAAUUUAA